GAUAAGUCAAAGUCAAGCCCAAUAUAUUGCAGGAAAGGACGAGAAUUCGUAAUUAUUAGGCCAUAUCGUUGUGGCGGGCCACCGAAGAUCAAAAAACCGGAAAAGCAGAAGUUGUUGGUCCGUCUUGGUUUGGCUUUGAUUUGGUAGGUCGUUCAGAAGCACGUGGCGCAGUUCUUCAUCAUACAUGGUGUCGGUUAUGAUAGAAAGGAUAGCUUAUCCAUUAAUCCCAGCAAGAUGCCGCCCGAUGUAGUACCUCGUCGGCGGUUGCUCCGUCAGUUUCGUCGGCCCUCUACUUCACCCGCAGCAAUGCCAAUGGAUUGCAUUUUCACGAGUCGUACUGCGUUAUGCGUACGCCAGAGUUUUGCUGCGACUGCGGGUCGUUCUGCACACGACCAAUCUGUGGUGUUAUACUCCCCCUUCUGCACGGCAAAGUCCUGCUCAUCCCUCCAGUCGUACCAAAAUAACCAACUGCAUCUUCGCAGAACGUUGACCACUUCGGUUUGCAAAUUCGGUGGUACCAGUAUGGCCACGAAGGACAGCAUUGGAAAAGUGAUGGACAUCGUCUUGGGCGCCUCAAUAUGCAUUGCAAAAGCAUCGUACUAGAAUAAAUCGCAAUACAAGUUUUUUCAGAAGGAAAAAUGGUGUUUGUAAUGCUGAUUUGGCUAAGAAACAAGAUUUGUUAUGCAUGAUUGCAAUUAGUUUUAGUACGAGUGCGAUACUUUUGCAGAGCAUAUUCAACAUCCUCUUCUUCAUCACAAAGACCUCCACCCGUAUUAAGCCGCACCGGAGUAGUGGUUUCCGCUCCCGGCAAGCGGUUUUCGAAAGAUACGAAAGUGACGGACUUGUUGAUUCAGUUUCACAAGCUGAAAACCGGUGGUGGCGGAUCAUCCGCAGGCAUGAAUAAAAAUGAUGAAAUAUCCUAUGUAAAAACGUACCCACCCCAUAGUCAAGAUGGGGAAUCGGCUAGACAAAUCCAGAAGCUUUGGCUGUUUCGGAUGACAAAUUUGGACGCGUAGUGUAGUGCUGUUUGAGCUAGUUCAGCAGCAUUACAGAUCUAGUCUCUCAUGCUGAUUGGAGCAUGACAAAUUUAGAAAUUGCUCCUCUUGAUGGGGCUCCGCAUGAGAAACAUUUUAAGCAUGCAGAUUUGCAUGACAACUAUGGUGUGGGGACGUUUUUACACAGGAUAUGAAAACCUCAAAACCGAGCUGGAAAACCUCGCCCUACUGAUUGAAGCCCGGUUUGACGAGGCGUUUGCAGUACAACAUCAAAUGGAGCUCCUGCGACCGUCCUCGAGUUGUACCGUCGAAGAGAACAAAAGGACCAACAUCGCCGAGGAAUUGCUGCGUUCCAACGACACCAGCUACGAUUUCAUCGUCUCGCGAGGCGAGUACUUCUGUGGGAGGAAGAUCGCGGAAGCCUUGUCGGCAGAGUUUCUAGAUCCCGCGGAGGUGGUACACUUGCGAUCCACGUCGUCCCAGCGAGGAACAACAAGUUCAACAACUGUAAUCGACUACCAGUACACCAUGGACGCAAUCCGAGCGAAUUUGCCGUCAAGAGGUGGCUCAAACCCAUCAGAAACAACUACACCGAAGAUCACGGUUCUGCCUGGGUUUUUCGGCGUUGACCGGACCACGAACACGAUUCUUGCGCUACCGCGCGGUGGCAGCGACAUUUCCGGGGCACUGCUCGCGAACGCGAUGGAGGUGGAUGAGUACGAGAAUUGGACGGACGUUGACGGAGUGUUCACCGCGGACCCGAAUUUGAUACCGACCGCGAAGAAAAUCACGGAACUGUCGCACGACGAGUUGUUUCUGCUCGCGUCAAAUGGAGCCCAGGUGUUGCACCCGGAGACGGUUUUAAGAAAUACAAUGCGGGAUGAAAACUACGCAGCGUCAACCACGACAAGAGGAAGUGAUCGAGGCUCCUUUCAAAUCCCGAUUCACCUUCGGAACACAUUCGACGCCACGAAAACCGGGACGAAGAUUGUGCCGAAUGGGAUGGGAAAUAGAUCCGGGAGUGGAGGGGGGCAGGAGCCACGAGUUCUGGGACUGGUUGCGAAGAAGGAACUAUCCGCUCUAUCGGAUGAAAGUGAGCCUUUAGAAGAGAGGUUCAAUGUGGCGGUCAUCGGGUUUCCUGCGGCAGAUCACGCGGCUGGUAGUUCGGAUGGAACUCCUCCUGCUGCGGUUGCGGGGUCGUUGCGAAAAGAGGUGGGGAGGGUGGUCGGGGAAAAAUGUGUUUUUGAUCCUACUGAUGUUACUGGUGAUGGAAAAAAUCUGCCAUGGUUUGAAGUGCGAAAUGUAUCAAAGGAUGCUGUGUGUGAGCUGCAUGCAGAGAUUGAAAGGCUCGGCUUGUUUUGCGAAACAAGUUGAAGGUGUCACCAGUCUGUCAGAACCCAGUCUAAGCAGAAGCAAUGAAACUGCCGAGAUUUUUAAUUUAGAGGAAACCUCCA